GAGCUAUGAUUCGUCUGUUUAAAGUAAAGGAAAAGCAGAGAGAACUUGCUGAAAAUGCAAAUGGGGGUGCUCCUGCCAAAAAGCAAAGUCCAGGAGAAUUGCGUCUGCACAAAGAUAUUUCUGAGCUAAACCUACCCAAAUCUUGUGCUAUAACAUUCCCUAAUCGAAAGGAUAACCUGAUGAAUUUUGAGGUUUCAAUUCGACCCGAUGAAGGAUAUUAUUUCGGUGGCACAUUUUUGUUCUCAUUUCAAGUUUCUCCCAUCUAUCCUCAUGAGGCACCCAAAGUUAAGUGCAAGACCAAGGUCUACCAUCCAAACAUUGAUUUGGAAGGAAAUGUUUGCCUCAAUAUCUUACGUGAAGACUGGAAACCGGUGCUCAAUAUAAACACUGUAAUCUAUGGAUUGUAUCAUCUUUUCACGGAACCAAAUUACGAGGACCCCCUCUACCAUGAAGCUGCUGCAGUGUUGAGGGAUAACCCAAAGAUGUUUGAAUCAAAUGUGAGGAGGGCUAUGUCUGGUGGGUAUGUUGGUCAAAACUUUUUUGCCCGGUGUAUUUAGCUUUUGCAAGGUAGCUGAAACUGCAAAUGCACAAUUCAUCAACACUUAGUUUCUG